AGCGGCAGAGGAAGAGAGAGAGAUGGGACAGCGCGCGCCCCGUUCGUCGUAGCGUGCGCGCCGACGAGCCAGUGUUAGUCCACCGUGUGUGACGGGAGAGUAUUCAUUCAUAAAACUCAGCGAGAGAAGAGUGAGGGCUAGAGGCCUGCGCCGUUGCUGCCGCUGCCGCUGCCGCUGUCGCUGCCGCUCCACUCCGCUCCACCGCUGUCGCGUCGUGCGAUCGUAGCGUGGUGGGGGAGUCAAGUGUUUUUCGUCUCCCUCUCGCACGUCCCUUCCAGUUCCGUCGUCGAUCUCGCUCGUUCUUCCCGUCUCGUGCUCGCUCACGCGUACGUUUCGACUUUUCUCUCUCCUUUUGUCUCCUUUUGUCUCCGUCGCUCCGUUAAUUCCACCUGGAUAUCUGCCCUACGGAUGAUGGCUCACGUUGAACGUUUUUACGUUCUUCGCGAGACAGCUCCGGUCUCAGUCGUAUUUUCGGAUUGUAUUCCCGUAUUCGCGCGUAUCUGCUUAACGUUUUUCCCUUCUCCUCCGAGCCCUCCCCCAUUCAGCUGAAAAUACCGCCGCUCACUCUUACCGUGUCUCUCCUCUGGGCCUACGUAUAUUAAGAAUCUUCGCGUCUACGUCUCUUUUCGCAUAAUUCGGCCUCGCUCGGUCUCUUCUUUCCUCCUCUCGCUUCCGAACGCUUUCGUCUCUCUUUCUUUCUCGGUCUCCGCGCGAGUUGCUAUCUACGGCACGCUUCCCCUAUAAUAAACCGUGUCCCUUGCCGCCCACCUCCUUCGCGCGUCCUCAUCUCCUUCCGUUCUUACGCCUCGCUCCCCUCUGGCAUCCGCGAGCGCACGUAUACGUAUACACACACACACGUAGCGCGACUGUCAUGCGACUUAGCCAUCCGUGACACCGGAGUCACGAUGAGGAAACCGGCGGCGGCGGCGGUGGCGGCGAUCGUCUUACUCUCGUUCGUCACUCUCCCGCCUCCCGUUGCGUCGGUUCCCCUUUGACGUAGCGUGCAAAGAAAGCGACUUCCAACGUUUUACCUCGCAUUUUACCGCAUCGUUCUGCGGCUCCCCCGAAAAUACGGUUCCCCGCAAAACUCGCGUGUUCGCCUGAGUGAGUCGUGUGAAACGAAUCUGAACCGGCGCGGCGCGGCUCGUCGCUGGUCCCCUUUACCGGACCGUUGACGCCCGUGAAAUCCCAGCCGGUCUCGCGAAUACGUAAGACGCGAUCGGAGACGCAUCCACUUCCCCUCUCCGAGAGAAAGAGAGAAGCAUCAAGACGCUCGUCUCCCUUCUCUCGCUCUCUACCUUCUCCUCCCUUUCCCUCUACUUUUCUCCUGCACCUUUGCUCUCCUCUACCUCUCUUCUUCUUCUUCUUCUUCUUCUUCGUUGGAGUUUCUGCCCCUCGUGCCUCUCUCACUCUCCCUCUUUCUCUCUUUCUCUCUCUCUCAGGCCGGCGUGUACGCACUUACCUGCGGAACGCGGUCGUACGUGUCCGACAGUGGCGCUUCGGCUUAACGAACUCCGGUGGCGCCGAAGGAAAGAUCGUUUCGUGGCCGGGGCGGCGGAUCACCUCGAUCCUCAGCCGCGCGAUACACAACACACGGUCCCGAGUACGAGAAGCGUCCGUGACGCGCGGCGAUACGUGCGUGCGCUCUCUUGGCCUCUCUCGCCGCGUUCAGUGCGCGGCGUCUCGCGUGUGCGCGUUCCCUCUCUCUCGAGAGAGACACAAGUGCGUCAAGUGUGCCGCGCUUACCUCAGCGAUCAGAUUAUUGUGUCCAGCGCGCACGAGGGAGGAUAGCCUGGCUGGCCUCUGACCCUCCCGUGUCGCCGUGAAUUCGGACGCUGAACGAAGUAGUAGAGGGCCACUCGCCUCGCCUGUUCUCUGACGACGUUUCAUAUUUUCGGACUCUCGCUCCUUCCAUCGUCGGAGUAUUCGCUCUAUCUCGCCGCGCCGCCCUCCGAACGUGUCCCUCUUUGCUCCUCCCCAGCCCCGGUGGGACGACGGUGGUCCCGGAGCAACGGGCGGUUGCGCAAGCAGGUAUUCGGAAAUAACCCGUGUGGGUCGCAGUUAUGAAUUGAUAGCAAACACAUGGUGGACACGCCGCGCGCCGUGCUCCGCGGCCCGCGUCCGCCCGCCCGACCAGUAGCGCGCCUCGUCGACGCUCCCGGAUCUCUUCUCUCGGCCUCUCGCCAUUGAUAAGUCGAAACUGUCAGCGACCAGCCAACGGCCGCCGAUUGUGUGCGCGUGUGUGUGUGUAUGUGUACGUUACAUCGCGACGCCGCGCCGCCGAGUGUAAACAACGAUCGGCGAUCUCAAUGGCAUUGGACGAUCGUUUGUCCUCUCGAGAAACGGCGCAUUGUCCUCGCGCCACGAAAGGUGUAUUCGUCGCCGAGUGAUUUGACGCCGAUGACAUCGGUCGGUUCGUCGCUCGUCGAGAGGAACUCUCGUGCAUUAUGGGAUAGACGGCCAGCCAGGUCUCUGCGUCUCGUGGGCUGAAUAUCGGUAUGUGAUCGUCGGCGAAAUCGAGUUCGACGUUACGCACGUGAAUGAACUGAUGAGUGACGGGUCGUCUUCGAAGGAACACGAGUUCGAUAGCGAAAUAUAAGGGAGAAACGGACGAAUGACACACUGACAAGCCUGGACUACGUGCAUGUGCAGUGAUUACGCAAGAUCGGCACUCAUGUACGUUGAUUACGGCGGCGACACUUACGCCGGAAUGGGAAUCAAGGCCAUGAAGUCCUUUGGCAGGUCCAGAGAUAUACCGGCGCAAGUGCCGCCGUUAACACCUGGGACCAAUAAGAAGAUGACCGAGGCUCUAGAGGCCUCCUUCGCGUCUUGGGAAAAGGAACGACUCCGCCUGAAUAUAACUAAAGACCCAAGGCAAUGGUCGGAAGCAGCUGUUGCCCACUGGUUGCAGUGGGCUAUUGGGGAAUUCUCGUUGGAGGGUGUGGCGAUGCAGCCGUGGCAGCACAUGACCGGGAAACAGAUUUGUGCCAUGGGGAAGGAAUCCUUUCUAGCACGUGCCCCCGCCUUCAUGGGCGACAUCCUGUGGGAGCAUCUCGAGAUCCUGCAGAAAGAUGUCGACGCAGCGAAGGCCUCUCUGGAGAACGUGCCGGCGAACUUGUAUGAAAGCGUAUGCGUGCCAGAGUUAAGCGAUUAUUUGGGAUACCAGGGUGGCGGCCAUCAAGUGGCAACACCAGAACAUAAAAACCCAUCGACGCCCGCCAAUUCGGCCACCUCCAACUCCUCCGGUCCUCCUCAGAGCGGUACGCAACAACAACCCCCGAUACAACCCUCUUCGGGCGCGGUGUCCCUGCCAUCGAGACAGUAUCAUAACGAUGGCGGCUAUAAUCACCUCCGCAGUCCCGUGUGCCAAGACGAAAGUCAAAGAGACGAAACGUCACCUCCACCCCACAGCCAUAGCACCCAACCACCAACCUCUCAUUCUAGUACCCCUAACAGUAAUAACAACAACAACAACAAUAACAAUGCCAACAACGCGUAUAUCCAUCUACGGAAUUUAAAUCAGCUCAAAACGGAAUCGAACUACAGCAAUCAUCACAUAGCCGAGCAUCUUCAAGGCGGUGGCGGUGGCCUGGGCAGCGGGGGCGAACUCGCGGGUGCAGGUAGCAACGAAAGCGACUUGAGAGUCAGCGCGACCGCUACGGAGAGUUACAUGACGCCGGCGCAUUAUUCGGGAUACGACGAGGCGUCCGAGUAUCACAGCCUGUCGCAAGAUCACCAGGCGCCGCAUCCGUACAAUUUGGAUAGCUCGUCGGAUUUUUAUGGCGCCAGCGGGAUCCACAUCGAGCCCAAGUACCAGCCGUCACCGUUCAAGAAUUACCCUCGAGGACGCUAUCAUGAGGGUUACAGCGAGAGCGGCGGAUACGGACAGUACGAUGCGACGCCGUUCCAAACGGUUCCCGGAAGCGGGAGCGGUACUGGAGGCGGUGGCGUCGGUGGUGACCAGUGGAGUGUCGGUCUUGGGGAUCAUCUGCCUCAUCACCCCGCGUUUCUUGCGGGACUUGGACCACGAGACUCUUCCAAUCCUCAUCAUCCCACAUCUAUCGCCAAUAAUACGGACCAAAAGCCGUUACUGCAGAGCUCGAUGCUCACCGGUUAUCCAGGUGGCGGCCCACCAUGUUUCACUGGUUCAGGUCCGAUUCAAUUGUGGCAAUUUCUGUUGGAGCUCCUAACUGACAAAGCGUGUCAGGGUUUCAUCUCGUGGACCGGCGACGGUUGGGAAUUCAAACUGACCGAUCCGGACGAAGUGGCACGCCGCUGGGGUAUUCGCAAGAAUAAACCCAAGAUGAAUUAUGAGAAGCUGAGCCGAGGCUUACGCUAUUACUACGACAAGAACAUUAUACACAAAACUGCUGGCAAGCGAUAUGUAUAUCGCUUUGUAUGCGACUUACAAAGUCUACUAGGAUACAGUCCUGACGAGAUACAUGCAAUGGUAGACUUGAAGCCCGAGAAGAAGGAAGAAGACUGAGUUUUUUGUUAAUGAACAUGUGCUUUAGGACUGUAUCGCACAGAUAAACGAAAUGUAAUAAUACAAAUUCUUCGCAUUGAACAUGCAAGAAUGAAGGAAAAUGGAAGGACGAAAUAUCCAUACGAUGAAAUCGCUAUGAAAUAAGUAUAUUCAGAUGCAGAAGACUGUGAUAGUCCGUCUUCUUUAUUCAGAUAUGAACAAAAAUCGAAUCGGUCGUAUGUACCAAAGACAGGGUCUGCAUACCAUUGGUGCCUAAAGUUGAAUAAAUCGCGGAUUUGUUUCUAAGUGAUUGAUUUAUCACAGCAGAUUUUAGAGGAUAUUUAUAGGAAUAACUCGUCAAUUUAUACAUAUAUAUAUAAAUAUAUAUAUAUAUAUUUUUAAUGUUACAUGAUUUUUCAACGCUAUACUAGCGUCAAGAUACUUGGUGAUGCCGCUAAAUUAUUUAUGUCUCAUCAUUUUAAUAUGUGUGUUAUAUCUCGUUGAUAGAUGACUCGAUAUGUGAUUGUUAUUACAAUAAUUUUACAAUGAAUACAAUGUAACUAUACAGCGAGCUUCUCAAUUCGAUACUCUUUUAUGCUUUUUUUCUCUAUGUAUAGAUUUAUUCAAAAAUUUAGAAAUUAAAUUUUUAAACUCUUCUUCCAAGCUCGCUUUUCUAAAAGAAGAAACAUGUAUUUUAUAUUAUUUCUUAAUUAUUGAAUAUGUCUAGUAUGUGCUCGCGAUAUAUUAAAUAUAUUUAAUAUGUCCAAAUGUAAUAAGAACUCUCUGUUACUGAUGUAAUUUAAAGAAAAAGCGUUGCUGAUGAAAAGAGUAUGCUGUUAAUUUAUAUAAUUUUUCAUAAAAAUAAUCUUUUAAGGAUAAACUUUGCUUUUGUUUGCUAAGAUAUUCUCAUCGAGAGAUUGUGCAUUUACAUUUUUAAAUACAACGCAAAUAAUUUAUCUGAUGCGAGAUGAUGAGAAAGAAAAGGGCCAUGUGCAACCAGUGUUCCAUAAUAAUUAACAGAUUCGGAAAAUGAGAGAGUUCUAUUUACUUUUUCUUUCAAAAUUAUUUGUACAUAUUUAUAAAAGAAUAUACAUCGAUGACUAAUUUAUGUUUUGUAUUGCGACAAAUUUUAUAAAACAUUACAGUUAUCACGUUUAAGGUAUAAUUUUGUUUAUUUUAAGACAUACUCAUAAAUAUUGGAUAGAUUUAUUGGAAUAGACUUAAGUUGAUUUUUUUUGGCUCAUGGAACACUGGGUAAUGCAAUUGUAUCAAAUUUAUAGCAAUGUAUAACGAUAUAUCGUUCACAGUUAAAAUAGUUGUAUAUAUAUUGAUUUAUAUAUAUGUAUACAUAUAUACAUAUAUUUAAUAAUUAUAUAUACAUAUAACUAUUUUAUAUAAUUUGCGUAAAUGUUUUUGAUGAAUGUUUUUAUCAGUGGAUAUGUUAUAUUGGUUGUAAAUGAUGCGCAGAUAUAUUAAUAGCACAAAAAUUGACGGAUUGAAAUAAGAGCAAUAUACUUCCUAUUUUCCACGUGUCUUAUCUAAUAUAUACAAUAUAUAUAAUACAAGAUUAUUAUAUACAGGAGAGAAAACUAUUUAUCCUCAUAUUAUUUGUACGAACCAAUUUGUGCUCAGUUCUAAAUACACGAACUCACAGUUGAUUUAGACAUUUGGAUAAUAAAAGUUUGACUCGAAUUUUCCAAACAUCAGCUCUUAUUAUUAAAACUAAUAAGUAUUGGUAGACAAGAAAAGAGUGAACCUCUAUUAUCCAAACCUCAGUUAUCACAACUGUUUUGUUCUCCAAUAUAUUUGGAUAAACAGAGUUCUACUGUAAUAUAAUAAUAUAGAAUUAUAUAUAAUAUAUAAUUCUAUUUGGCAUUACAUAUAUGUGUAUGUAUGUACAAUUUAAACUAUUUUUAUAUCCGCUGUGUUUGUUAAGUUUCCAUGUACCAAAAUAAUUUAAACUACAAGAUAAUAAGAAACACACCGUAAUGUCUCUUUAGGCAUAAUUAACAGUAUACUAAUUUCAAAGACCGUUCGUGAGUUUAUUAUGUUGAUACGGAUUGUUAAGGAAAGACGUAAAAGUCGGUAGCAACUGAGGUUUCCCAAUGAUGAAUAAAGCUACCAUAAUCCUUCUAGCGCGGUUUAAUCGUUACGAAUAAAGUUUCUCCUAGUUGUGUCGUCGCCCGAAUGUUAAAUAAAUUAUAUUAAAUACUCUUAGAGCACCCCGAAAGUGCGCGAGGCGGAAAAACCGUGUAAAGCUACUCGAAUGUUAAUAUUAAGUUAUCGCGGUCUUGGCACUUGUUAUUAAAGAAAAAAAAGAGAGAGCCAUACUUCUUUUCCAGGAUUAUAUAUAGCAUUUUAAAAGAGAUACGAAUGCAGGAACUUUUUAGUAGAUGCAAUAAGAAAAAAAAAGAAUAAAGAGAUUUUUAUAAAUA